AUGGCUUUCUCACACCGGGCGGCCAGGCUUGCGGCCGCCAGUCUCCACCUGCCGGUGAAUCCCACCACUGGAGCAAGGGUCGCCCAGUACGAACGCGAAGACACCUUAGAGUCCUUGGUGGCGACGGCGUUGGCGGCGGCCGUGGAGGAGGAACAGAAGACAGGGAUGCGGCCGGCGCGGGCGUCGGCUGGUGGUAAAAGCUUUCCGGGGGAAAAUGAAGGUGUGACAUUCAAGGACAUUAUGGACUUUUCUGCUAUUCACCACUCUAAUGAAGAGUAUUUCAGGAAACUAAAAGAACUGAAGGCCGCCCAUGCAGAAAGCAUGGCAAAAUUAGAGAAAAUGUACCAGGACAAGCUAAAUAUAAAGGACAUCUGGCCAGUGAUUGUCAGGGAAGAUUCUUCUAGUGUCUCUUCUUGUUCUACAUCAGAAAAGAACUGCCCUCCCCCUGUCUUGUUAGUGACACCAUAUGCAGAGGCUGACACAGGUCAGUCGUCCUCCCUGUCCACUACUUCAGAUGAGGAGCUGCCCAGCCUGGAGAGAGACGCCACAGGGGAAAGCAGAACGGCAGCCUAUGCCAAGGAGCUCAUCAACAACAUGUGGACUGACUUUUCUGUAGAAGAUUAUAUUCAGUACGACUCCGACAUCCAAACACCUAAGAAAACAAAGAAGAAACCCAAAGCCUGGGUGCCCACAGUGACAGUGCCUGUGCCCUUCCAGAUGACAGUUCGAGAGCAGAAGAGGAAAGAGGCGGCCUUGAAAGCAAGGUCAGAUCUCCAGAGCCGACUGCCCAAGAGGGAUGGUGAUGAAGAUGCAGAGUGUAAGAAGAAAUUCCGAGCCAAUCCUGUCCCCUCCUGUGUGCUCCAGCCCCUUUAUGAGGAUCUGGUCAGGCAGAAUGAAGAGCGGAGGAGGACUGCCAGGGAGAGAAACAAAGCCGCACUCCUGGCCUCCCAGAAGCCAUUUAAGUUCAUUGCCAGGGAGGAGCAGAAGCAAGCAAUCCGUGAAAAGCAGUUGAGAGACCUCUUUAAGUCCAAAAGGAAGACGAAGCGGUUUAAAGCCAGACCUGUGCCUCGUUCACUUUACAGGUCAGCUGCAAAUGACAAGUCAAAAGAAGAUGAGUUCUAUAGGGACAUCAGGACGCAGUUAAGGGCCCGAGACCUGCUGCCGAAUUCAUCCUGGCCCUGUCGGCCAGCUUGCAGACAUUUCAGGGGCUCCGGAAGUCCUGGAAAGCCGAGGGGUAGAUACAGGUGCAGGUGCCUGAGUCCUGAUGAUGGAGACUUUGCUGAGAAACGAUGGAAGGAACCCUUCUCAGAACACAGCUUUCAGAAAGGCUCACCACUUUGUAAACAGCGUGGUCUUCAUGAAUCCCCGUGUGACUCUGCUAAAAGACAGAAAGUCUUGGCAGACAUUAGAGCAGAUGAAAAAAAUCUAAAUGAAACAUGCUGGCCUUACCCUUCUCCGAGGUGUAAGUCACCGGGAAGAAGUACGUGCACAAAGCCCAGGCCUUGCCCGUGCAGCCCUCCAAUGCCCACCCUGUCUUCCCAAGGGCGGGAACAAGCCAUCAGGAAAUCGCUUGAAGAAAAGAAAAUGUUGGAAGAAGAGAGAAAUCGGAUCCUAACUAAACAGAAGCAAAGAAUGAAAGAAUUGCAGAAACUCGUGGCAACCCGGGUUAAGGCUUAUGACUCAGAUCAGGGCUUAGCCCAGAUGUCUAAAUCCAGAGUAAACCAUCGCAGAAGGAGUGAAAAGGAAAGGAUGGAGGAGUAUCGGCGAGACCUGGAAAAGCGAGAAGCCAGGCUGCAGCAGAGGCCCUUGCUGUUUCAGAGAGUCGCCCAGAGAAAUGCAAGGAUGGCAGCAGAAAAGCGCUAUUCUAACACGCUAAAAGCACUAGGACUGUCUGAGGAGUUUGUUUCAGAGAAAGGCCGAGGUGGGAAGGCGCCUGCGAGCUUCGCCACACAAGAGCUGAGAAGCCCCACGUCAUCGGAUAAAGAAAGCUCUUAUGAAGAAGAAGGAGAGAAUGAAAAAGAAAACUAUUUUAUUGAUGCCAAUAGCCAGGAUUCUUGCAAGGAAAAUGCUGAAGAGAUUAAAGAAGGUAGAGAAGAAAAUUCUGAAGAAUGAACCUGAAUCACAAGCUUUCCUCUCUCCGAGCCUUUCUGUGCGAAGCCGCAGGACCUCAGCCCUGCACUGUGGUGACAGGAUCAUGUGUGGGGACAACUCUCACACAUGCAGGGCUGUGUUUUCAAAGUGUUUGGGGGUUGGAGAACCACAGCUGUCAUAAAUGGGUUAGUUCUGGAAGUGUACGUUUAUGUUUGGUAGGGACAAAGAGUUUGGUAUGGAGAGAACUAUUAGCUUUUGAAGAUCUAUUUUGAAAUUUACUAAGUAUUUUCAAUUUUUUCUCUGAACCAUUUUUUAAAAUAAGUAAUAUAUGGAAAAAAUAGGUACUUAGAAAUUUACAGUAAUUUUUGCAUUUAAAAUUUACUGCUAAAUUACCUAUACUGUGGCUUUUUUUUUUUUUUAACCAUUUUUUUUUUCGUGGAGAUUAAAUCCAGGGCUCACACACAUACUUACAAGAAUUCUACCAUUGAGCUAUACCUCUAGUCCCCCAAAUUGUUUUUGAUAGGUAAAGUGUUAAAAUAAUUUAUACUACUCAAAAAAUCCUGUGUAUUAUUGCUUAUAGAGUAAUUAUGGCAUUUGUGCGUG